CUGCUCUAUAAAACCUCUUCAGGGGUCACACCAAUUCCGCCGCAGUUUCACCUUCAGAAUCGCAGGAGACCUCAUCAACGGCGCAAGCUACGCGCAGCGCCUCAUCCGCUCCGUCGGCGAAACCUCGUGGAAUAUUCAAGAAAAACUCUGGAAGAAAUGUGGACAGCCGUGAGGAUCAUACUCAGACCGUACGAGAUAUCUACUCGACGUCUAGAGAUGGCGGCAGUAAUGGCUCACACUAUGCUUCAUCAGGAUUUUAUGGGAAGAAAACAAUUCGAAGCUGAUACUCCCAGCAGACAAGCCAGCUCCAAUAGGGCUGACUAUCUGAGCACAUUAGACGGAGCAAGUUCAAAUGGAAUGAAUUUGAGAUCAAAUCUCGAGGAGUACGUCCAACGAACGAACUCACAACGUAAUAGCCAACGUAGUCAGUACGCAUCACGUUUGGAGUUCAACGACACUGACAUCUUCAGCGAACGAGGUGUCGAUAUUGGCAGUACUGAAAACAAUAUUCAACCGAUGCUUCCAAAAAGUUACUCGGAAUGGAGGCAUUGUCUGAUCGCUGGAUCUCCAGUAAAUAGAAGUGGCAGUCUUAAGGUGACCUCACUGGAGCAGGAAGCUGGUCGCCCAGAAGACUCUGGGAUAUCCUCUUACAGAUCUAUAACAGAGAUCUAUCAUGCAGCUGAAACAGCUGAACAGGGCAAACCUGAGGAAGCACGUAAAGGAGAGCUAAUUGUCGAACAUCGUGAUGUGUCCUCGAUCGAGGUGCUUGAAAAAUGUGUUCUACCUAUUCGUGGAUUCGGCGCGCGAAAGUUGACAGAGCAGGAAUUAGGUCGUUGGCGACAAUUGCUCGUUAGAGAUGCGACGUCAGCGCUCAGUGAUGAAUGA